AUGACCACUUCAACCACCCUUCCCCACCUCACUGUGCCACCUCACACUGCAACACAACUUGUCGCUGACAGUGAGGAGUACAGUGAAGAUGACCUAACUGCGCCUCAAUCAGACCCUGCUCUGCUCAAUAUGAAUAACAGCAAUAAUAAUGAAGAAAAGGAGGAGCAGGAGAAGAAGGAAAAUGAAGAAAAGGAAAAAAAGGAAAAGGAAGAAAAGGAAGAAAAGGAAAGAAAGGAAAAAGAAGAAAAGGAAAAAAAGGAAAAGGAAGAAAAAGAAAAAAAGGAAAAGGAAAAGGCCAAAGAAUUAUUUGUCAUUAAUCCUGCUGGGAGUUUGUAUUACAACUGGCUGUUCAUCAUCACACUACCAGUAAUGUACAACUGGACCAUGAUCAUAGCCAGGGCUUGCUUUGAGGAGCUGCAGCAUAACUUUUUCCUUUACUGGAUCGUUCUGGACUACACCUCAGAUGUGAUGUACCUGGCCGAUAUGUUUUUCAGGACCAGAACAGGUUACCUUGAGCAAGGCCUGAUGAUAAAAGAUAAGAAACUGUUAAGGGAUCGAUACCUCGACAGCUUCCAGUUUCGUCUUGAUUUUAUCUCCAUGCUUCCGACCGAUAUCUUCUAUUUCUACUAUGGCUUUGACUAUCCGGAGAUUCGCCUCAAUAAGCUGCUGAGAAUUGGCCGCCUGAUGGAGUUCUUCACAAAGACAGAGACUAAAACCAACUAUCCCAACAUCUUCCGCAUUGGAAACUUGAUCAUGUACAUCCUCAUUAUCAUCCACUGGAAUGCUUGCUUCUUCUUCUCUUUCUCCAAAUACAUUGGUUUUGGUGCUGACGACUGGGUUUACCCAGCUCUGGAUGAUCCUGAUGAGCCUGCGUUUGGGGAGCCCAUGAGGAAGUAUGCGUUUAGCCUCUACUGGUCCACACUGACCCUAACUACCAUUGGAGAAACUCCACCACCAGCCUUGGACUCAGAAUUUUUCUUCCACGUGGUUGAUUUUUUAGUUGGGGUCUUGGUCUUUGCCACCAUUGUUGGAAACAUCGCUACCAUGAUCUCCAAUAUGAAUGCUGCCCAAGCUCAAUUUCAGGCUCGGAUUGACAACAUCAAGCAGUACAUGCAGGUCCGAAAGGUCAGCAAGGAUCUCGAGUUGCGGGUCAUCAAGUGGUUUGACUAUCUGUGGAAUAACGGCAAGGCACAGGAUGAAAGAGAAGUGUUGAGGUAUCUUCCAGACAAGCUAAAAGCUGAGAUCGCCAUCCAAGUCCACAUGGAUACGCUUAAGAAAGUGCGUAUUUUUGCAGACUGCGAAGCAGGCCUGCUGAUUGAGCUGGUGCUUAAGCUGCGGCCACAAGUCUUCAGUCCCGGAGACUAUAUCUGCAAAAAGGGCGACAUUGGCCGUGAGAUGUACAUCAUCAAAGAUGGAAAACUUGCAGUGGUUGCUGAUGAUGGUGUCACACAGUUUGUUGUGCUGGGAAGUGGCAGCUAUUUUGGUGAGAUCAGUAUCCUUAAUAUUAAAGGCAGCAAAGCAGGCAACCGGCGAACAGCCAAUAUCCGCAGCAUUGGAUACUCCGACCUCUUCUGCCUGUCCAAGGAUGACCUAAUGGAGUCACUGGUAGAGUAUCCGGAUGCCAAAGGCAUGCUAGAGGAAAAAGGCCGGCAGAUCCUGAUGAAAGAUGGUCUGAUAGACUUGGACCCAGCUAACAUCAUGCCUGAGGCCAAGGAGCUGGAAGAGAGGGUCAAUAAAUUGUACUACACGAUGGAGCUAAUGCAAUCCAAGCUGAAGAAGAUUCUGGGAAAUUAUAAGAAAUCUGACAAAGUUCUCAGACAUCGCAUCCAUGAUCUAGAGGAACUAACAGGAGAGGAGGUAGAAGACGAGGAUGAUGAAGAAGAAGAGGUGAAAAAGGAAGAGAAAGUGGUGGAAGAGGAGAAAAAGGAAGAUGAAGAAAUGAAAGAGAAGGAAGAAGAGGAAAAAGGCGAGGAGACAAAAGAUGAAGAAGGAAUGGGAGAAGAGGCAAAAGAAGAGGAAAAAAAAGAUGAGGAAAAAUAA